AUGGCGAGUCAACAGCCCUCUGCUCGAGCUCGCAGAAGCAGCGGAGACAUAAUGCAGAGUGCCCAGUCACAGAAACAGAACACGGAUGAUGGAGGAAACCCCAACGAAGGGUCUAAGAGAGCCUCAGAGACUGCAGGACCCUCGCAGCGACAACGAAAGAUCGCCGGAGGCGCGGCGCGAGAACCAAAGAGCCCAGGAGGGAGCCCCAGUGACAGUCGCCGACCGUCACUUGUCCAUCGGAGCAGCGGACUGCUCACUCGCAAGGAAGAUGCAGCCGUGAGAGCACGCCAAGAAGUCUCUUUCGAAGACAACAAGGAUGCUAGCCACAGCCGACGGACCUCGCUCCAGCUCAAGCAGCGAAAGGAACAAACUCGCGAGAGGCAGCGCCAGAGCGCGAAGCGGGAGAAGGAGCUCCCAACACUGACGCGAAGGGGAGGAGAGGAGAGAAGGGGGGCGGACGAAGCUGAGAGGCCACGCACAGAUAGCGGAAAUGAGGAAGCGGAUGCAGAAUACAGGGCAGAAGCCAUGUCAUAUGUCGCGGGAGGUUCAGAGGAGAGGCGAGACCGCGACCGUCAGACAGGCCUCGGAGGGGAAAUAGAUACAGGAGUCAGCGGCAGAGAGGUCACGAGCGGCGACACGGCGAGCGCCGAAAAAGAGGAAACAGGAAGGGCACCCGCGCGUGAAGAGUCGCGUCCCAGUCCGACCCCCGACGUCGACGCGGUGGACAAGUUCGAGUGGGAACUGCAACCUCAGGAGAUUCCUUAUCACCAGCAAGGCAAUCCAAAGUUCGACAGCCCCGAGGUGCUCGAAGCGCGGCAGCGGCUUAAAAACCACCCAGCGAUUCAGUGCGCUCUCGCCGAGAUCUGGAAGGUGUUUCAGAAGGACAAGAAUGACUGCAUCUCUCGAGAGGAGUACACCAACGUGCUCAUGCGCAUUUGCCUGGUUUUGCGCCCGACGCUGCCUGGGGAGAGCGCCAUUUCCAUCAUUGAAAACGACUGGCGGCGCGACAGUCGAGGCAGUCCCGCGUUGACAUUUUCGCUCUUUCGGGACGCCUUCUUCGAGCUCGCCGAUCUGUGGACGCCUGUGCUGGACGGCGACGCCUACGCCGCCUUCCUCACGAAGCUGUUCAAACGCAUCACCGUGCUGCAAGUCACCCGCGCCGGGUCUGCAGAGAAAGUCCGCGUGAUUCCAAGAAUUGCUGUGCGCUUCCGGACGCGACAGGCGCGGUCGCUGUCCGCGGCCCCGUCGCCGCCUUCGUCGACCCGCACAGUGGUGUCUCUCGUUCGAAGUCCGAGCGACAAGCCGCGGAUGACUGCAGAGUGGCGCGCGGAGGACGCGCGGCAGCUGCGCGAGGCCCUAGAGGAAGGCUGCGCAGGCCCCGGCGAGCUCGAGUUCGAAGAAGACGUCGUGGCGCCUCUUCUCCCGUCUACACUCCCCGAGGCGGUCAAGGUGGAGACAGUCUGGGCGGACAAGAGCGAAAUCGCCCCUCUCGGCGCGGCCGCGCAAGCCCUGAUUGACGCCGUAAUCAGGCAGGCGGCUGCGGAUCGCGCAGAGGAUGCGCAAGCAACUGAUGCAGCGCCAGAAACCCAACGAGAGGACGUCGAGAGCGAGGAAAACGUGGACGCUGACCCCACCGACAGCGGCAACCACGCGGGCAAUGAAUCCGAAGUCGAAGAAAACAAGGGUGGCGAACGCGACUGCCCACAGAAGCGAGGGACUGUGAAGCGCUCGAGCGCCUCCUCACGGGCGAGCGCCUCCUUACGGCGACGCUCCAACUCCGACCCCCUCGUGGCGAACUCCAGCGGGCCCUUGGCUAGGCGCUGGCGGGAUGGUGACGACUAUGGGGCCUGCUGCGAAGGAGACAGAGAGACAGCCGGCGGCAACGGACGCAGCGCAGCAACACGCGAGGAAGCCUUGCCGCGCCGGGCAGAAGGCCAGACAACGGUCCCCCUCGGCACGAGCGACGAGGAGCAGCCAAGAGAGGACGCGCAAGACAAGGCGGUGACGGCGCGAGGCAGGGGCGGCGUCUCGGUGAGGUGGGCGCCUACCUCUGAAGUCGGCGCCUUCCGUUUUGACUGGCCUUUGCGGAACAGCAGCUACUUCCACUCUCCCGCGAGCGUGCAGCGCCCACUCGACGUCGCCUACGCGCGGCAGAAACUGAGAACUGAAGCGGCGAAAGUGCGGUGCGCGCAUCCGCCACCCGCACUCUCGCUUACCGUGAGCCUGGCGGCGGUGCCGAAGGUCGUCACGCUGGAUGGCACUGCGAGUCUGUCACGAAACAGCUCGACAGCAGGCGCUCCAUUCGUGAUUGGCGCCGCCGACAACACGCUGUUCGAGACCCUGGAGGACGCGCCGGAAGCGCCAGCCAGCGACAGAGCCGAGGCUCGGACCAAGCCGCGGAUCCGCUUCAGGUCCCAGAGUCUCCCGCUGCUCUGCGACGACCGCGGCGACAACGAAAGCUGCAGCUGGACUCUGCAGGGAUCCACGCACUUUGACUCAGCGGGCGCGGUGGCCAGGCGGACGGCGGAGUCCCUCGCAACGCGCGCAGCCCCCUUGGUCAGCUCCAGCAGCCCACGCUCCGGCGAGGAGACUCUCUCGCGACGCAGCCAGACGCUGUGCAGCGAGGAGAGACUCACGGCGGAGAGGGACGUGCCCGCGCCGGCGCUCUCAGAAGAGGGAGACGGCGCGGCUUACGUUCACGAGGUGCUCCCGCCCUUUGACGACGGUCCGCGGCUCUGCGAGCGAGACGUCAUCAGCCUUGCAACGACUCCGAAGCAAGCGAUUCUGGUCACAGGGCCUAGCAUCCCAGAGAAGAGUCGGCUUGCAUACAAGCUCGCGCGGAAGUUGGGUCUCGAGUGGCUGCAGUCGGAGUACCUCUUGGAGUCUCUCUCGCGCCUCGCCGAGCAGAUCCUCUCUCCUUUGGCAAAACGACUGCUGCGCCAGCUUCAGCGAGGAAAAGCCGUUUCGGUCUCCGACUCGCUGCGCCUCGCCUCGGAGUUCAUGUCGAGUCGGCGGGGAAGAGCUGCCGGCUAUGUCUUGGAACUGCCCAGCGACGACCCCCGGGCAGUCGAGAGAUUUCUGAAGAAGACCAAGGAGGUGUCGGGGAAGCCGGUCAUCAACUGGGAUGAGUUUCUGGCGAGACAGAACCUGGAGAGCCUCCGCGAAGAAGAAGAAAAGGCGGAAGGGAAAGAGGGAGGAGAGGAAGAAGAAGGCGAGGAGGACGGAAUCGACAGCGAGGAACAGUCUGACGAGGCGGGAACCGACCGUAGCGCGGCGCCUGCAGCGGCUGACGAGGUGACAGCAGCCGAAGAGCCUCAGCAGGAGAGGUUCCGCAAGCCGCCUCACAAGGAGAGCGAAGAAAACCGCGCAGGGGGAGCAGACGACGCAGGGCAGGGAAGACCGCGAGCUGAAGACGAGGCUGUCGACGAACGUAGGGACGAAGAAGGCGCAGAAGAAAAAGAAGAUGGAUGGGAGCAGGCAGUGCAGCAGACACAGAGGGAGAGAGAUGAACUAUCGAAGGACGGCGAGAGGCCUUCCUCAGGAGAAAGUUUGAAACUCCAGCCGCAGCAGCCGCAACACUCCCAGGCGAUGGACACGCAAGAGCCCGAUGUGCCCGAAGCACGACCAAAGACAGAGGCGACUUCCGAGAAAAAGCGCCUGCAAAAGCACCAAAACGAAAACAAUGCUAGGGCGCAGCGCCAGCCAGCCGGUGAUGCUGCCAUAGCGGACAGGCAACCUGCAGCAGAGCGACAGGACUCAGCGAGGGUGCAGCACGAAUCUGCAAAGGCACCAACAGACGCCGAGGAAGCGCCAGCAUCUCCGCCGACUCCGAAUGAACAUGACCAGGCCCCAGCAGAGCCUGAAGAGCAGACAGGAGAAGACAACGAGGCGUCGGCUACCGAAGACGCCGAAGCAGAUGCCGGGCCGGAAGCUCUAUCGCCCUCUGGAAACGACUCUGGCGACAGCCAAGCAGGCACGGAGGAAGCACUGGAGCCUGACGCAUCGCCGACUGAAGCGCCCGAAGCAGCGACGGCUUCGGAAAACAUGCAACAUGCAGAGGCGAACGAAGACACCGCUGACUUGCCUUCGCGCGGGGCGACGACGGAGGCACAGAGAGGGCAGGAGGAGCGACCAGCGGAAAGUCGAGACGAAGGCGAGGCAGAGACGGAGGAAAGCGUUGACGCCGGAAAGGAAGGCGGCGCAGACGGAGCCUUGCAAGUGAACGCAGCUCAGAUGGACGUGGCAGCCCGCUUCAGAGACUCCAACGACAGAGCCCCGGAAGUAGACGAUGCACAUGAUGGAACGGGCGCCGAAGUCGCUGUGAUAGAAGGCGACGCUGAAGGCGAUGGAGACGCACCGGACGGAGAGGCAGAGGACGGAGAGGAGGAAGAAGAAAUCAACGAGAAGCAGGAAGCCCGCGACGCUCUCGAAAAGGCCCUAAAAGGAGGCAAAAUCCGAAAUCCUCUGAUGGAUGUCUACCCGCGCGAAGUCGUGCUGGUUCAAGUCGAGGCCGAGGACAUCGAUGUCCUCGCGAAAACAGUCGGAGUCGACGCAGAGAAAGGCGGCGCUGUGCGUGUCCUCGACCCCUCUGCGCGCCCAUUCCGCCAGCCACACAUCUCCACGGCGACGAGCACAGACUCCCUGUCGACUGUGAACAAGUCGUUUUUGGAGGAGCCACACAUGAAUCUCGAGGAUCUCGACGUUGCGGAGGACGUGCUGACGGCGAUGCGCCGCCUCUUCCCUCCGCCCUUUGCCUAUCCUCCAAAUCCGCCGUUGCGAAGCGCGCGCUCGCAACCAGCGGGCCUCGGCGAGGACGGGCGACUGUUUUUCCGUGCAUGCACCGCUGCAGACCUGCGCGAGCAGCGGCAGCUGGCAAACGAGAUCGUCGUGGAUCUCUUUAAGAGCGGCGUGCGUGCGCUCAGGCUCUGCCAUGGCGACACGACGACGAGCGGCAUGGCGCGCAUACUUACCACGCAAAUCCACAAGAGCCCGAGCGCAGUCUCAUCUGUGCCACCUUUUCUUCAGUUCGCCACGCCCCUACCGGCGGUGAUUCAAGGGGUGGAGCCGUUCACGCCGCUGGCUGACCUGUUGACGCUCGGCCUGAGUGAGGCCCGCGACCGCGAGCGGCGAGAGGAGGAAGAAGAAAACGUGGAGGAACGCCAAGCGGGCGAGGCCACGGACGACGAAGACGAGGCAACGGACGACUCCCCCCCCAACCUCGAGCGCGGCGCGACGCUACCGUCGAGAGCCAGCACCGCCGCAGAGCUACUGGAGGCCGGAGGUCCCGAGAGCCGCUCGCUCUCGCAGGCGAGUCUGGACGAGGCUGCGGCAGGCGGCGAGGCAUCCCGCCCGCCGUUUUCGCGGCUGUGGUCGCCGUGGAAGCAAGUUUGCCCAGUGUCGUUUCUCGAGGAAGGCGUUGCUGCGCCAGGACAGCGAGAGCUCGCGGUGGACUACGGCGGGCGGGUGUUUUUGUUUCGAGACCAAGAGAAGCAAAGGCGCUUCCUUGACGACCCGCGGAUGUUUGUCUCGCGGGAGCCGGUGCUGAACACGACAAGCCUCUCCGUGGCGCUCUGCGGGCUUGACCGCGAGGGUGCGCGGAAGCAAGCUGCGCUGCUGGCAGACGCCUAUGGCAUUGCUCAAGUCGACGUCCACGACGAGUUGCGAAUGGAGUCCGCGCGCGAAGAAGCCUGGCAGCGGGCGCGCGCGGCGUACCAGACGCGCUUCGAGGCCCGCGAGGCCGCGCGCGAGAAACGUCGCGCGGAAUGGACAGCGAGACUCGCCGAUUACCAGAAGAGAAGAGCGGAGAGGGAGGUCCGCAGGGCGCAGCGCGAAGAGCAGAAACGCGCGAAACUCCAGCGGGGAGAAGGCGCGGAAGCGCGCGCCUGGGGGACGCGUGACGGCUUCGAAGAGUGUGACAAACGAGACAGGUCAGACACUGAAGAAGAGGAGGAAGACAAGCCUCCAGAGGAAGAACUGGAGGAAGACGAAGUCGACGAGCCGCCGCAGCCGGACCCAUGCCUCUUUCGCUUGACGGAUGAAGAGCGCAACGCGCUCAAAGAGGGCAAAGCUCUAGGCGAGGACACGAUUGCGCGAGCCGUGGCCUUCCGCCUGGGACUGGGUUGCAACGUGGAAAUCCGGAAGGCGCGCCUCGAAGAGGAAGGAAGUCUGAAGGCGCGUAUCGAGAAGCACCAGGAGAUUGCGCAGGAUGGCGAAGGAGACACGGAGCUGCCGAACGAUCUCCCCAUCGACCCGCAGACGCUGGAGCUUCAGCUGCCGCCGCUCGCGCUGUCCCCGCCUGCCUCGGGAUUCGUUGUGAUUCACCUCGCAUGCAGCCAGGCGCAGGUCGACGCUCUGGCGAGACUCGGCAUCCACGUCCGCCACUGGCUUCGAUUCACCGUGGACGUCCCUGAAGAGGAACGAGAGACUCACGCAAGGCUGCAGGAGCUGCAAACCGAAGCAGACGCAGCCGCCAAGGCCAUAGCUGCCUACCAGCGGCGUCACCCUGCAGCGUGUCCAAACAGCAGCUUGUCUCAGCCGCGCACUUCGCGAGACUUUUACGAUCUUCUCGGGGGCAGCCUCCCAUCGACUUCGCUGGAGAGCGCGCCUGCGGAGCUGCCAAGCGCUCGCGAGACAGGAGAUCUCACCAGCCGCUCCAUGGCGUUCGCUUCCUCGGCGGCGGCGGAGAUGGAAAGCGCCCGCGGGGGACGCGCUGAAAGAAGCGAAGCACCCAACCAACGCGCAGCCGCCGACGCAGAUGGCGCAGCGACGGCAGACAAUACACAGAGAGCGCGAGAGCUGCGGCAACGCGCAGAGACGCUGCUGGCGGUAAAGGAGCAAGCGCUUCUCAAGCAGGAAGAAGAUAAGCUAUUCUUUGAGACCGAAAAAGAGAAGCCUGAGAGUGACCUCGACGUCCCGAUAGUUCGCGUUUACCUGCAUCUCUCUGACAUGGCGAAGCACUACCGAAUUCGGCAGGCCAUCGAUCCUUUCUUUGUCGCGCCUGACGAGCCCGACUCGGUUCCGCCUCUCCCCGACAUCUCCUCGGUUUUGGCUCUCGUGGACGAGUGCAGCUCCCUGCGCCAGGCGCCAGAGGGUCGGCGCAAGGCUCCGUAUGCGCCGGCCUUUCCUUUUCUGCCGCCGCUGCCAAGCGUUUUCUACGGCGAGACUGGUCACUACUGCCCAGUGAGUCUGCGGCGGCAGCAGUGGCUGCUCCCUGGCGACCCUGAGUUCGCCGUGUCGGUGCAGCAGCGAAUCUAUUUGUGCCGAGACGCGAGUGCGAAGGCGCUCUUCUCGCUGCACCCUGGGGAGUUCAUUCCAUCCUGCUACCUCGCCAGGGACGCCGAAGAAGAGGCGAAACAGGAGGCCUCCGUGGCGCGCCGCUCGGGCUUCUGCCUCGCGGGCGCCGGCGCCGCGGCCGCAGAAGACAGGAGCUUCCACGACGCGCUCAAGAAAGAAGUCCACGUACCGCCCCCGAGAAUUGCCUUCCUGGGGCCAGAGGGCUCACGUGCGUGGACGCACAUGGCGCGCUUCAACCGCGCAGCGGGAUUGCCUGUCCUGCGCUUCGCCGCGGAGUUCAGUCAGGUCUUCCGCGACCUGCUUCGCCGCUGCAAGGCGCGCGAAGACGCAGCUCAGAGACGCGCGGCGCGGCGCCACCAGCAAGCCGAGGCGCAGCGAGAGCCCGAGGGUCUCGACGGCCACGCGACGCCCGCGGCGGAGGCGACGUCUGAUUUCCUGGAUCUCGACUCAGAAGCCGAGUCCGAAGACGAAGCCGCGGAUGGCGCUCCUCAGGACUCGCUUGCAGCCUUUCUGGCGCAGGCGCGAGUUGCGGCGCCGGCACGCGACGCUGCGAGCGAGGCGAAAGAGGCCGACGCACGCGGCGCCGGCGGCGACCGGGCGCAGGCAGAGCCGGAUGACAUCUGGCGAAGCUGGAGCGCCCUCGAGCUUUCCGACGAGACCGUCAAGGCUGUGCGCAUGGAGGCAGUGAAGCGCGUGCUGCACAGCGCCAUGGGACCGGCGCUCAUCGACGGUCGUCUAUUCCCCGCGCUCCCUCCGUCGCCGCCAGAAGAUGAUGAAGCGGACGCUCGCCUUGCUACAACUUCCUUCGCCUCUCUCACGCGCGACGCCCAGAGACUACCAGAUGCCGUGAUUAUCUUCGUAGCGGGCGACGAUUCAGCGGCGAGCCGCACUCUGGACUUUGAGAAAAUCGAGAGAGAAGCGAUGGAAGCCGCUCGGCGAAAACUCGCAGCUCAAGAAGCGCGACGGCGAUGGCGAGCGGAGCGAGAGCGGCGUCGCGAGCGCGAAGGCUCAGAUGGGGAAGACGAUGAAGAAGAAGAAGGCGAUGAAGAUGAGGAUGACGAGGAUGAAACCGAAGAGGACCAAGACCGCCAGGAAGCACGAAUAAAGAAGGAAAAUGAAGACGACACUUUGAUGGAGGACAAGAACCCGAGUCAAGCAGAAUACGCGGAUGAAGAAGAUGAGGAGGACGCCGAGGGAGACGCAGACGCUACCGAAGGCGAGCGAGCGAACAACGGUCCUCUGCGGAUUGCCGCACGGAAGGCGGUGAAGAAGGCACGGGAGGAAUUCCUUCGGCAGAAGAAAGUUCAAGACACUCUCAUUCUUCAGAGCGCCAAGCUCUUCGCCGCGGCGAUGGUUCCCGUGCUUGUGAUUGACGCCGAUAGAACCGACGUCACGAUUCAGCGAGCGAUUUCGCGCUUUCUGCUUCCCUUCCUGCAUCACCGACAGAGUCUCCUCCUUGCGCCGCAGUGUCUGCGCCUAGACAGGGAGACCUGCACACGUUAUCUCAAGUCGGGCGUCGCGCGGCACUCCAGGUUCGGCGUCUUCUCGCCGAAUGACGUCGACGCACCGGUUUCCCCCGCGAGCCUCCGCAACCCGGUGCUGUUGAACGGGCGCGUGUUCUACCCUGGAGCGACGUCGGCGCGCGUCGACCAGUUCUGCCGCUUUCCCUCGCUCUUCCUCGCUUCGCCGCCGCCGGCACCGCGCCUCUGCCUCCCCCGAGUCUGCGUCCUGGGUCCGCCGCUCGCAGGAAAAAGCACCGGGUCGCUCUGUCUCCCCGUGUUGUCUGAUUCGGGUGGUGCACCAGCGCCUGCGCCACUCAGACGUCCUGCAGCGGGGCUUUGUCUUGGAUGGCUUCCCGGCGCACCUUGGGCUCUGCAAGCGCCUGCAGCUGCUUGCGACCGAGAACCCCAUCGAGGUGCGGUGUCCCCGCUUGCUCAGCGAGAGUCUUCACCUUCACUCGCCGUCGUCUUCGCGUUCCCCGUCGCCGCAGCCGCGAGCCAAGGUCCGCGGGGCGAAGGGGCUGAGGCGGAGCGGCGCCGAAGCUCACGCAGAGAGCGGCGCCGAGAGCGCAGAACUAGCGGCGGACGCGGGGGGGAAGGGCCUCCAGGGGUCGACGCGGGGGAGGCGAAGAGUCGAGGUGACUUCCGGCGGCUGCCCGGCACGAGCUUCAAGGCGCUGCUGGAAAAACAGAGCCUCGCAGAAGGGACUGCGAAGACGUCGAGGCGCGGCGGAGGAACGGAAGCGCACAAGGCACGACAGCGCGAGUCCGAGGCGCGGAUGUGGAUGCGUCCGAGGUCAACGGACGACGAUUCAAACGAAGGAAACGAGACAGCACGGCGGCUGGAUGCCGCCGCGUCGAGACGGCUGCACACCGCUGGCGACCUGGACCGCUCUUCGGCGUCUGCGAGGCCGGAGGAGGCACCGAGCGGCUCCCGAUCUGACACGCGAUCCGCUGUCUCCAGACAAGAGGGAGAGAGCCCGCGCGCCGCCGGCGGACGAGAGAGGGAGCAGGCGCGCGAAGGCCUGCCUGCUCACCCCAGCGACGCAGAGGAAGAACGCGAAAGAACUGAGAGCUACCGAGCGCCAGACGGCGCACCGGACGAAGAAGAAAGCAACGCAGAAGACAGGGACGCAGAAGAAGACGAAGAGGAAGAGCUGGGCGGCAGUGCGGAUGACCGACAUUCGGAGAGAGGAGGGCAUGACAAAGAACUGCACGAAGGAGGACGCGAAUGCGAAGCUGCCGACAGCUCGGCGAGAGGCGUGUCAAUAGAGGAACACCCGGACGAGCUCCAGCAGUCCAUUAGAGAAGCGCCAAAGGCAGCUGCGGGAGAAGUCAAAGAGCCGGGUCGCGUAGAGACUCUCGCAGCUCGUAUCGCGAAAAAUAUGCAGCGAAAGGAGCGCGAUGAGAAGUCCCUGGCAGAUGACGCGGAGCUCAACGACGCGGACGAUGAAGAAUGCGCGUUUGACAUUAUUUUCAUUUUCCAUGGUGACGAAGCUCUUACAGACCGCAGAUCCGCAGAUAUCCAGCGACGCAUCCAACCGGAUUUCCCCGUUCACGACGAACGCGACUGUCAAGCGAACCCCGACGGACUGAAGGAAAGCUUGUCAUCUUUCCGCGUCUCCAUCGCGCCUCUUAAAGCGUAUUACGCGAGCGUGUUCAAUAACAUUAUUCCAAUCCCGGCGGAGGCGAGUGCGUGGCGCCAGUUUGAGAUCGCGAGGCAAGAAGUUGAGAGCUUCUGUAGGCGAAAACACGAAUAUCUUCGCCGGAAGGCAGAGGGCAAAGCUGCACGUUGCUUCUUCAUAGGCCGGAAGCAGAGCCAAGCCAUAAAGCUCGUGACGAAAGCUUUCAAAACCUACUGCCCCGUGUGCUGGGGAUUGCAGGGGGCGCUGUACGACUCAGGUGGAAAUCCUUUUCACCAAGCAGAAUUUCGGGGCGGCGUUUACUUCUGCUGCUCUGAAGAACAUCUCCAGGCCUUCCUGAAAACGCCUUCGGCGUAUAUUCGGGAUGCAGUCCCCAAGGACUUGCCGGUUCGCCUCUCGCUCGCAGAGCUCCAAAGCUUCUCAGCACCGCCCCCGUUUCAGUUCAAGGGUCUGUGCCCCGUCGCGUGUGUCGAAAGGCAGACGUUUGCCGACGGUAACUUCGACUUUGUAGCCAAGUAUGCGGGAGAGUACUGGACGUUCAGCUCGGCGGAGGCGCUAGAGUCUUUUCUGCACUUCCCUUCCGCCUACGUUGAGAGAGCGCGAAGCGUUCCGCCAGCGCUGUUGGAGGCGGAAGCUUUAAAGGGGCGAAGGCUCCCACGGACUCUGCAGCAGCUUGCGCAAGAAGGGGAAGCUCAAAUACCCCCCCAGCCUGCCCUGCUGAGCUUAGCGGUAGAGCUGAAGGACGCCUUCACGUUCCUUGAAGUCACCACGUCCGAGCUCCUGAUGGAGGCUCUGACGCAAGCUGGUUUGAAGCGGCUAGUUUUUCCCGGGCAGAGUAUCCGCCAGAGCGCUCUUCGCUUCCUGGCUCUCUAUCUGCAUGCACACAACGCGCUUAUGCCUCCCGUCAUGCACCGAGAUGCCUUGAAGACGCUCAGCGACUUUAUUUCCGGUAUACAAUUUCACGGCGCUCCGAGACGUCAGGGGACGGCGAUCCCCUGGUUCACGUAUGAAAGGGGACACAUUCAUGCUUAG